AUGUAUCACGUCUACAAGAACGCCUGCGUGACACUGGGCGGUCUAUGGGGCGAGAGCAGCAGGUCUGGACUGUUUUCGGAUACGACUGAUUGGGCCCCGAAAUUGGUGGCAAACUUAACGUCUGGCUCUUACGGGUGGCCGCUAUUCACCCAACGAAUUGACCGCCACCCUGAGUUUCUCAACUUUCAGUAUACCGACAAUUGGUUCCAACCACCUUUAUCGAGGCGAGCUUGGACUUACCAAGAAAGAAUAGUAUCGCUAAGGCUACUGCUCUUCGGGAAGACGGAAUUAGUCUUUAUAUGCUUCCAGCGUGCUUUUUGUCAGUGUGGUGUUACCGACAACUCUGAGGAAUUUAACAGCAAGAAAUUCUUUGAUACGGUAAUCACCCGUGAUAAUUGUCGAAUCAAUUCAAGAGACGAAGAACGCGAAUCGGCUGCCGCGGAGGAGGCUGUCAACCACAGCAAAAAUCAGGAGUCAACCUGGAGGGUAAUAGUCACCGAAUAUUCAGAAUUACAAUUAACGAAACAGAGCGAUAGACUAGCCGGAAUCGGAGCCCUAGCCGAGCAAUUCCAGGCCGCCCGCCCAGAUAACAACUAUUUGGCCGGCCUGUGGUCCGGUUCGAUUUUCCGGGACCUGCUUUAG